GCGAUAUCCGACGUUCAAAGGAGACACGCAUAGAUCAAAAGUCACGCCCCGAUCAACCGCCAAACUAUUCAAAACAUUUUGGCGCAACACAGCAACGCAACACUUUCCACAAUAAUUAUGCGAAUUCAAAUGCCAACGAUAAUGAAUAUCAAAAUCAGCCAGCACAGGCAAAGAAGAUUGAAACGACACCAGCGCGCCGACCCAUUGUUAAUUAUUAUACACCAACUUCAUCUACAACAACAACAACAACGUCCACAACCACGGAACGCUAUUUUGAUGAGUCAAAACAAGAGUACGACGACAUCUUCAAAGGUUCCCAUAGUUCGCAUUUCUUUGCGAAUCGCAAUGGUGGGCGUGAGGAUGAUUUCAUUGAUCAUCCAGUGAAGACGAAAUUCAACGAUUUCAUUGACUACAACAAGAAGACCACAGCUGAAAUAUCCACUACCGGCAAAACACGCGCGCAACCAACACGCCCGAAGCGUAUUCAGCAACUUAGCACAACAACUAGCAGCACAACAACAUCAACAUCUGCCGCCACCAACGCACCCAAAACUACAAAGAAGGUCACACUGCAGACCUAUUACAACAUCAGUUCCUAUGAUGUUACGCAACAAAAGCCCAACACCUCUCCAUCGCCAGCCGCAGCCGCAGCCGCAAUAUCUACAUCAACAGCGACCUCUACUGUGCGCCCUACUUACAAUAUCCCCAACCGUUUCAGCUUCAGCUCGAUCGACUACCAAACUCAAGAGAAAAUUGAGCCUACUACGUACAAUCCAUCCAGCAGCAUUUAUCGUAUUAAGAGCACGACACCAAAGUACACCGAGCUGAAUCGCGAUAAUGGCGGAAGCGCGAGAGGGCGAAGCCCGAGUCCAAAUACAUACCUGCCUAAUGAGUCGACGAAGAGCCAGAAUAAACCCACUGCCACAGCGCGUAAGUCGCAAAAAUUGGAACGCACACAACAAAAGUUAGCUGCACGCAACGCCUCUUCCGCCGCCAUUGUGAAUGAAUUCGACGACUUUCCGAAGAUAAAACUGCAGCAGCCGCAGCCGUUCCAACCUACUCUAACCCUGCAGCCGUCACAGGCAACACAACCGUCACACCGUCCAACAUCAGUUGGUCAGUACCAAGAGCCACAGUUUUACCGCUCACGCGGCUCAACGGCCGAAAAGUCGCUACGACAUGGUAAUCAAGAGCCAGCGCCUUUUA